CUGCUUCCGCUGCCUGAGUCUGUCCAGCGCCGCGGCGGGUGAGGAGCAGCCAGCGAGCCCGGCUCGGCUCGGCCCGGAGCGGAGCGGAGCGUGCGGACCAGGUGUGGGAGGCUCUCGGCCGGCACCAUGACGGAAGGUUUCGACUGCGAUAACUGCAAGGAGUCCCUGUAUGGACGCAAGUACAUCCAGAUGGACAUGGGCCCUUACUGCAUCCCCUGCUACGAUGCCCACUUCGCUAACACCUGCGAGGAAUGCAAGGAGCUGAUUGGCCACGACUGCAGGGAGCUGUACUACGAGGAUCGCCAUUACCACGAGCACUGCUUCCGGUGCUUCCGCUGCGACCGCUCUCUGGCCGACGAGCCGUUCACCUGCCAGGACGAGGAGCUGCUGUGCAACGACUGCUACUGCAGCGAGUUCUCCUCCAAGUGCGUCGCAUGUGAGAAGACCGUCAUGCCAGGAUCCCGGAAACUGGAAUACAGCGGACAAACCUGGCAUGAGCAUUGCUUCAUUUGCAGCAGCUGUCAGCAGCCCAUCGGGUCGCGGUCCUUUAUCCCAGACAAGAAGGAUUAUUAUUGCGUCCCCUGUUAUGAGAGCAAAUUUGCCCCCCGCUGCACUCGUUGCAAAAAGUCGCUGACCAAGGGAGGAGUGACUUACCGUGACGAGCCCUGGCACAAGGAGUGCUUUGUCUGCACUGGUUGCAAGGUCCCCCUGGCAGGCCAGCAGUUCACCUCCCAGGAGGACAACCCCUACUGUGUGAAGUGCUUUGGGAACCUCUAUGCCAAGAAGUGCAGCGCCUGCGCCAAGCCCAUCACAGGCUUCGGAGGGGGUAAAUACAUCUCCUUUGAGGAUCGUCACUGGCACCACAACUGCUUCAACUGUGCCCGCUGCACCAGCUCGCUGGUGGGGAAAGGCUUCAUCCCGCACCACGACGAGAUCCUCUGCCGUGACUGCAGCAGCAACCUAUAAGCCUGGCAAGAGGACGUGGGUCAGGGGCUUUAUCUGCUCUUCGGGGGCUUCGUGCCAGACACCCUGGGCAGGGGGGAGAUGUGCCUUUUGUAGCCCGGAGAGGGCUGAUCCCCUCCCCACAUUGUGUGCUCGGGGUGCCUGUGCCCUUCCCCUGAAGGCUAGAAUAAGCCACCCGAGGCUUUCUGCAGAGUGAAGCUAAAUAAACGCCAAACAAAAAGAGCUUCCAAGUCCCUCAUUAAUUGCUCUUUCCUUUGCUUCCUAUGCGCUUGGGCGCUGGCUGAGCCGGGAGCCCCUGUCUGAGCAAAGGGGCUGGGCAGUGGGCCGUAGGCUCCAUGUGCUGACCGCACAGCUUUGUCCCUCCUACUUGUUACUGGUUUUCUUCCCUUCCCCCACGCGAUCCCUCUGCUCUGUGAUGGGCAGCAGCUCCUGUCCUGUGAGCCGGGCUCGCCUGAGGCUCCUGCCUCCCCAGCCUGGGUUUGCAGCACAGCCUGUUCCCCUAACAUGAGGGUAACGUGGCGUCUCGCUGGGCAAGUUUGCAACGCUGUCUGUGCCGCUCAUUGCAGCCUUGGGUGUUUCUGGGUGGCCAGGGACCUGGCUGGCUGUGAGCAGAGCAUGCUGGAGUGAGCACAUGGCCCACAUUGGAGAAUGGCUUUUUCUGAUGUCUCUCCCCCCCUUCGUUCCUCACAUCUUCAGGGAGAUGGUGUCGCUAAUAUGGCAGGGGAACCUGAAUCACCAGCUGGUGCUGAGGGCUCUGGUGCCCCCACCCCCCUGCAGCAUCUCCCCUCCCCCUGCUCUGCCCCCCAGCAGAAGGGUCCCCAUCAGCUUCCAAGAGCUGCGCAAAGGAGUUUAUUGAACACCGACUCCAAGAGCGCUGCGAAGCGGCUCAGGCGCUUUCGGAGCGAGUCUCGUGCUGCCCGGCUGGCAGCCAAAGCUCUUCUGUCUGCCUGAGAGCCGCUGAGCAGAGCAGCUGACAAGGGCAUUUCAGAGGCAGCUAGAGCCAUCAGACCUGGCGGGGUCGUCUGCUCUUUCCCCCUUACCGGGUGCUGCAGACACAGGGCCGCCGGUUGUCUCUUGCUGAGCUCGGCCACACGCUGUAUAUUUUGACCCCAAAUAUGGUUGUUUAUCCUCUGGCGGCUUGUGCACAGUUGUGCUCGGCUGCAGGCUCUGCUCGGAAUUCAGCCCUGGGUGCUGCAGGGGAGCUGGGUGGGCGUGGGGGGCGAAGGGGGGCUGUGUUUGUAUUAACAAGAAGCAAGGCUGCAGAUAAAUUGAACCAGCUCCCAAGACAGCAGCCAAAGGCUCUGCCUCUCCUGUGCCCCCUCCCGCCAGGUGCUGAGCUCUCUUCAUGUUCAUUGGCUGCAGGGGGAGCCGGGGUUGCUCAGCACCUGGCAGGUCAGGUGCUCGUUGGGGCCUGGCUCAGCCGCUGACCCUCACCCCGUCUGGGCUUCUCAUUCCUGGGAGGCAGCCCGACCAAAUUCACAGUUCAUUUCGGUCAGUUUCAUGGUCAUAGGAUUUUAAAAAUUGUAAAUUUCAUGAUUUCACCUGUUUACAUCUGAAAUUUCAUGGUGUUGUAAUUGUAGAGGUCUUGACCCAAAAAGAAGUUGGGGGGGUCUCAAGGUUACUGUAGUAGGGGUUGCGGUAUUGCCACCUUUACUUCUGUGUUGCUGCUGGCAAGGCGCUGCCUUCAGAGCUGGGCACCUGGCCAACAGCCACCACUCUCCGCUUGCCCAGCUCUGAAGGCAGCAUAGAAAUAAGGGGGACAAUAUCGCGACCCCCAUAAAAUAACCUUGCGACCUCUCUGCAACUCCCUUUUGGGUCAGGAUGCCCAGUUUGCGAAACGCUGGUCUCCCCCGUGAAAUCUGUAUAGUAUAGGGUAAAAGCACACAAAAGACCAGAUUUCAUGGUCCAUGACACAUUUUUCACAGCCAUUAAUUUGGUAGGGCCCUACAGAUAGGAACUGAAAAUGAGUGUGACCUUAGCUCCCCGGAGGGAGGCUGCUGUCCCAGCUGGUAGAACUUUGCUUCUCCAAGACCCUGCUAUGCCAAACUGCUGAGCUGCUUCGAGUUCCCCUAGAGCCCUGUCUCACUUGGGAUGCUCACACCAGCUCUGCCCUGCCCCCCUUCCCCCAGGUAACGGGAUGCUUUUCUGAAUAUGCCUUCCUUGUGUUUUCCUUUUUGUACUUUAUCUGUUACUCAGUAACCAAACCCGCUGGAGGAACGGCUAGCCCCAUCCCCAAGCAGGGUUCAUUUACCAACAGAAUGUUAUGCAUGUUGAAGCGUAUUAGCUGUGUAUUCAAAUCCUUACUGAAACCCUCGUUUGAAAGCUUUGAUGCGGGUAAGUCAGAGUUUGGGUGUGUGCUAUUCUGAAGAGCUUGGAACGGUUUUUAGAAAGGAAGCUUCCUAUGUAAGUGUCCUACCCUCCGGUCUCUUGUAUGUUUCUGUAAGGCUUUAUAUAAUAAACCAUUAUAAUGACA